AAAAAUCAAAAAUAGGAGAAAAUAGGAAAGAAAAUAUAUCGCUUUCACAAAAAGCACAAGGUUUUAGGGAUCGCGGCGCGGCAAUGGAUUUGGAGUCGGUGAGGGGGAAGAAGCGGUGGGCGUGGGGUGAUCCGUACGGGAUCGUGACCAAGGAGGAGCUCGACACCAACAAUGGCGGCGGCGGCGGCGGCGGCGGAGGCGCCGUGGAGAUCGGGAUUCGCCUCCCCGAUGUCGGCGGCGCGAUCAAGAACUUGUUUAGGAGUAGAGAAGUGGUGGAGUUUGUGAGCGGGGCAUUAGCGGGUGCAAUGACAAAAGCAGUUCUUGCGCCCCUGGAAACUAUUAGGACAAGAAUGGUAGUAGGCGUUGGGUCGAAACACAUAGCAGGUAGUUUUGUAGAGAUCAUCGAAGAGAACGGGUGGCAAGGGCUUUGGGCCGGAAACGGUGUCAACAUGCUCCGAAUAAUCCCAAGUCAGGCGAUUGAGCUCGGCACUUUUGAAUGUGUCAAGCGAGCCGUAGCAUCGGCCCAAGAGAGUUGGAAAGAGAACGGACGCCCACAUUUUCAGAUUGGUCAUUUCAAUUUAGAUUUAUCCUUUUCAUGGGUUUCUCCCGUGGCUGUUGGUGGAGCAGCUGCUGGUAUUGUGAGCACUCUCAUGUGUCAUCCUCUCGAGGUUCUCAAGGACAGAUUGACUGUAAAUAAAGAGGCGUACCCCAGCAUCGGCCUUGCUCUCAACAAGAUAUACAGGGAAGAUGGUUUUACUGGCUUUUAUACCGGCCUCUGUCCCACACUGAUCGGCAUGCUUCCGUACAGCACAUGUUACUAUUUCAUGUACGAGAAAAUCAAACAUACUUACUGCCAGGCCAAAAAGAAAUCGGCUUUGAAUCGAGCUGAGCUUGUGGUUAUCGGAGCUUUCUCAGGAUUAACUGCGAGCACCAUUAGCUUCCCAUUGGAAGUGGCGAGAAAGAGGAUGAUGGUCGGGGCCCUGCAAGGACAGCGGCCGGCCCACAUGGUCGCAGCGCUGUCGGAGGUCGUCAGUGAACAGGGCCUCCUGGGUCUAUACCGAGGGUGGGGUGCGAGUUCUCUCAAAGUCAUGCCGUCCUCGGGAAUCACUUGGAUGUUCUACGAGCUAUGGAAAGAUAUUCUACUAGUAGGAAAACCUCAUAUUUAGCACUUCUGAGGAGAGAAGUUAAUCAUAAAUUGCUAACUCGGUGUUUCCCGUCGUCGCGCCCUUGAUAUGGGGGAGAUUUCUAAUUUUUUUUUAUCCUGCCCAUACUAGAGGUUUAGGUGCGCGUAACUAGUGUUUAUUCGCCAUCUAUUCGCGCCCGCUUAUUAUUAAGAGGAUUGAGAAAGAGUGGGGUGUAACAGUUGGUUGUUUCAGCUUUUUCGAUUCGAAAUUUGCUUUCCAUGGAGGAGAAUUUCUCUUCUGCUGCUGCAGAUGGAUGUGGCAACAAGGUUUGCUUUGCUUUUUGAAAAGUUAAGGAUGGAUUUGGAAAUCUUGUGAAAUUUUAUGUAUUGAACUCAUAAUUUAGCGAAUUCGCCGACUUUUCUGAGAGAUAUUGAGAACUUCUAUCUACAUAUCUGUUAGUGUUUCUGUACAUUUUAUUAGAUAAUAGCUGCAGUAAUAAGCUUCUAUUUACAUGUA